AAAAGCCUUUUGCCAUUUUACACUCGUCGCGUCUGUGGCGUGCGAAUCUUCCGACAGCGUGGGAACCAAAUUCUUUUUCUUCCCUCCCGUUCAUGACCUUCCAUGCUCCGGAUUGUCACCCGCCAUCACCACCGCCUUUACGCUGUCGUCCCCAUUCUCUCUGCCACCAGACGCACCGUCCGCGUCGAACAGCUCCCAGAUGGAUACGACGUCAGCGACGUCGUCGGCACACUCAGGGCCAGCCCCGUCGAGGCGAUAGUACCGUCGCAGAACUAUGUUUCUCUUCGCUUUUUUGCGAAGACUCUGGCGAAGAGGUAUCGGUUGAGGAAUUCGGACCGGUUGGAUGUGAGGAUUGACGAAGAGGUCCGGACGCCGCCAUUGUCUGCGUUUACUGUUGCGGCCCUGGGACGGUAUGGGCUGUCGUUGGGCUUUGUUGUUGAGGGGUUGCCUGGGGGUAUGAUGGAGGAGGAGAUGAAGGAGAUGUUGUUUAGUGGUAGGAGGGUGGUUUCUUGGCGGCUUGAGGGUACGAGAGCCGACGUGCGGGUGUUUUCUUUGCACCAUGCCAUGCUGGUUUGGCUUACACUGAAAGAGAACCCCCAAUUCAAGGACUGCCGGAUGACAUUCAUCGACGAGGGCGAUUACCUGUAUCCCGAGUGGUACUCACCGCCCAAGGAGGGUUCCAAGCGAUCCGUCAUCAUUGACAAUAUCCUGACGUCGCAAACCUCCAUUGCUGUCCGAGACUGGGUCAGCUCUUUCGACAAACAGGUACCGGGGCUCGGAUACGGAGCCCUCCGACCCGAGCAAAAUAUGAUGAGACUACGGUUCGUCUCACCAGACGUCGCACGACAGUUUAUUGCCAAAUUCGAGGACCGGUCAGACGGAUUGAACGUCAGGGUUACGUUGGGCGACGGCUCUUCCGUGGAAGAUGGCAUGGUCGCCAGCCCGGCGGAGCGCCGCAGUCUGGUAACUGCCAUCAGCAUGGGUGCAUGUCGGACGCUAGUCGUACAAUUUGAUAAGGCUCAUCAUGUCGAAAAGUCGGAAUAUCGGGCGUUCUUUGGGCAGUUUGGGAGUAUAGCCUUGAUAUCCGAGCAGAAAUGGCACGAUGAGCUCCGGCUGUCGGUGCAGUACGAAGACGUGCACGAUGCUAUGCAGGCGAUCGUCUCUCUGUCUAUACCAGGGAAGGGGCAUAUGUAUGAAGGUGCUAGGGUGAACUUUUUGGAUGCUAAUCAUUUACAGCCUAUCUUUAUAGUAAACUCGCCCAGUAAAAGUAUAUUACAUUUGGAGGAAUCUGAUAUGUGAUACUGGUGCAUUUCUUUUGCGGGGAACCAUCAAUGCUUAGUCGUGUCCGUUUUCUAACAUGUCGUUAUUGCAGCGUACCUAUGUGCUGCUUUGUUACUCGUAUGAAGAAGCAACCGUCAUGCAGAACUCCCAACAGUACAACACUGUAUUCCGAUUGAAUGACUCAUGAUUCUCGGCCUCUCUACGUCGUGCCAGGUAAUAUCGCGGGGUAGAAUGUGAGCAUGGCUGAUGAACCUUGCCCUAGAGUGCGCAUCAGCGUGUGCCAGUCACGCGUUUUGUGCAGCUGCUUUGCUACAGUC